AUUAACUGUUACAAGUUGAUGGCAGUUUCAAUAACAAGGAGCCCCUGGUGAGAAGGAUAGCACUCUAACAUGCAGAGUUCUACCAAUUCUGAUACCUGUGCAGAAAAACCGAAUUCUUCCCACCAAAGCACAGGAGCUGUACAAAUGAGGAUCAAAAAUGCCAACAGCCACCAUGACAGACUGAGCCAAAGUAAAUCCAUGAUCCUUACCGAUAUUGGGAAGGUCACUGAACCUAUCUCUCGGCACAGGAGAAAUCAUUCCCAGCAUGUCUUGAAGGACAUCAUUACCCCUCUGGAACACUUGAUGGUUGAAAAGGAAGGAUAUCUCCAAAAAGCUAAAAUUGCAGAUGGAGGGAAGAAACUAAGGAAAAACUGGUCUACUUCCUGGAUUGUCCUUUCUAAUCGGAAAAUAGAAUUCUACAAAGAAUGUAAGCAACAAGCUCUUUCUAAUCUGAAAACUGGGCAGAAACCAGAAUGUUUGGAUUUAUGUGGAGCACAUAUUGAAUGGACAAAAGAAAAAUCAAGCAGAAAAAAUGUCUUUCAGAUCACAACAGUAUCAGGAAAUGAGUUCCUUCUUCAGUCAGAUAUCGACUUCAUCAUAUUGGAUUGGUUCCAUGCAAUCAAAAAUGCAAUUGACAGAUUGCCAAAGGAUCAAAGCUGUACAUCAAGAAAUUUGGAGCUGUUCAAAAUCCAGAGAUCCUCUAGUACAGAAUUGCUGGAUCAUUUUGACAGAGAAAUAAAAGAACAAAAACCCGAACACAGAAAAUCUUUAAUAUUCAGACUACAGCACAGUGUUUCUGAUACAAGUGACAAAAGCAGAGUCAAAAGCAGAUUAAAGAAAUUCAUUAACCGAAGACCUUCCCUGAAAACUCUUCAAGAAAAAGGACUUAUUAAAGAUCAAAUUUUUGGCUCUCAUCUACACAAGGUGUGUGAACGUGAAAAUUCCACAGUACCUCGGUUUGUAAAGCAAUGCAUUGAGGCUGUUGAAAAAAGAGGUCUGGAUGUUGAUGGAAUAUAUCGAGUUAGUGGCAAUCUGGCAACAAUACAGAAGCUACGAUUUAUUGUCAAUCAAGAAGAGAAGCUGAAUUUGGACGACAGCCAGUGGGAGGACAUCCACGUUGUCACCGGAGCACUGAAGAUGUUUUUCCGGGAGCUGCCUGAGCCGCUGUUCCCAUACUGCUUCUUUGAACAGUUUGUGGAGGCAAUAAAAAAACAAGACAACAACAUGAGAAUUGAAGCAAUAAAGGCUCUGGUACAAAAGCUUCCUCCACCAAAUCGUGACACAAUGAAAAUCCUGUUUGGACAUUUAACUAAGAUAGUAGCCAAAGCCUCAAAGAAUCUCAUGUCCACUCAAAGUUUAGGAAUUGUAUUUGGGCCCACACUUCUGCGGGCUGAAAAUGAGACUGGGAAUAUGGCAGUCCACAUGGUGUACCAAAACCAAAUAGCAGAACUCAUGCUAAGUGAGUACAAUAAGAUCUUCAGCUCUAAGGAAGACUGACAGACAAGGCACAUUAUUGAAAAUGUUCACAUCUGUCUUGAUGCCUAAUAUUUUUACAUUUCUGUAAACAUAUUUCUGAAAUAUUUUUUUCUUUCAAGUGACAGAUGCCUCGUUUUGUGAAAACUUAAUGAUGAUUUCAUGUUUAAGUUCCAAACAUUAGAAUAAAAUAAUUGACAAUAUUUGCCUAUAUGUGUUCAACAUUAACCCCUUCAAUGCUUUGCCACCCAGCACUUCUAGGACCAUGGUGUGGAUGUCUAAAGAUUUUCAGAAAUGUCGGGAAUAUAACUUAUAUUCUCAAGUUACAUGUAACACUGAUUCUAGAUUCUAUAUGUGUGUUAGUCUAUGUUUGUGCACCCUCAUGGGUAUAUGUAUAAUUAUAGUUGUACCCAGUUAGUCAAAAUGUGAUAAAGAGGCAGGGUUUAAUACAUUGUAUAAGGAAUAAGAGAGACCCAGGUCUAAAGCUAAAAUAAGCAUGUUUCUUUAAAAUUUUUUUUUGCUUGUGGACAGUGUAGCUAUUCUCUGAGUUAUACAAUGAAAGUUUAUUUUUAAAAAAAAAAUGUUGAACGUUGGGUUUUUUCCAAAGAAAAAUGACAGCUCAAAGCAUUUUCUAUUGAAUACAUUUUUAAAUGCUAUUUCUCAUCCCCUAAACACCUCAUCCUAUAAAUUAGAAACAAAAUUAGAGCCUGACUAUUUUGUUCUUAAUAUCAUACAAGGAUUGCAUGGCUGCUCAUUUUUAAUGUUAACAUCCAUUUUGAUUCUUCAUCAGACUCUACAUCUUCCUCUUCCCUGGCUCUGUCAUGUUCUGUAGAAUUUUUAUUAUACUCCUGAGGAUGCUUUAUUGGUGAAUUACAUUAAAUUCAUCUAGAAAGAACUUUUAAAAAAAAAGCUUUUUCAUAUACCCUUAGGAUUUCUUGGCUAGACUUGAAUCAGUUUAUGCAUUUGAUGGUUAGUUUCAGUUGUCAUGGGUAAACAAAAGGGUAACUGUCUAGAAUAUAUCAAAUAUUGUUUUAUUUUGAAAAGUAUGUUUCUAGCUAUACAUAUCCCAUACCCUGUUUUGUGAAAGUAUU